CUUAAAAAUCCCCAAUUGGACACCACAUCCUCUCUAUCCUUCCACCUUCGUAGUUCGUACUACUACUCCCUCCACCCUCCUCCGCCGGCUGCAUGGCCCGCACGUGCUUUUCACUCCCCCUUACAUUAAAAAACGAAGCCCUUUAUAAAUGAAAGGGUUCUCCUUUCAUUUCAUUUCAUCUCAAUACAACUCUCCACUCCGCACUCCACCAACACAACCACCGCAAAUCCAAAUGGCUCUCAUCCGUGAACGCCGCCAGCUCAACCUUCGCCUCCCCCUGCCCGACCUCUCCGAGCGCCGCCCCUGUUUCUCUCUCCCCCUCCCUCCCACCGCCCCCACCACCGCCGUCACCACCAACACCUCCUCCUGUGCCGCUAUCUCCGCUGCUGACCUCGAGAGACUCGAAGUCCUCGGCCAUGGAAACGGCGGCACCGUCUACAAGGUCCGCCACAAGCGGACUUCAGCCAACUACGCUUACAAACUCGUCCAAGGUGACUCCGACCUCACUGUCCGCCGUCAGCUCUUCCGCGAGAUGGAAAUCCUCCGCCGCACAGACUCUCCCUACGUCGUCCACUGCCACGCAAUCUUCGAACAGCCCUCCGGUGACAUCGGGAUUCUCAUGGAGUACAUGGACUCCGGCACCCUCGAGACCUUGCUUAAAUCCAAUGGCACCUUCUCCGAGCUAAAACUUGCCUACGUGGCGCGGCAAGUUCUUAACGGCCUCAACUACCUCCACACCCACAAAAUCAUCCACCGCGACAUCAAACCAACAAAUCUUCUAGUAAACUGUCUCAUGGAAGUAAAAAUCGCCGACUUCGGAGUGAGCAAGAUCAUGUGCCGAACUUUGGACGCCUGCAACUCCUACGUCGGAACUUGCGCUUACAUGAGCCCGGAGAGAUUCGACCCGGAUACUUACGGCGGCAAUUACAACGGCUACGCCAGUGACAUAUGGAGUUUGGGGCUGACCCUGAUGGAGCUCUACAUGGGUCACUUCCCGUUCUUGCCUCCAGGUCAGAGACCAGACUGGGCCACCCUCAUGUGCGCCAUAUGUUUUGGAGAGCCACCCACCUUGCCGGAGGGGGUGUCCGAGGAGUUUCGGAGCUUCAUGGAGUGUUGCUUGCAGAAGGAGUCUGGCAAGAGGUGGUCCGCCGCUCAGCUUCUGACCCAUCCGUUCGUCUGUAAAGAUACCGUGAGGAUAUGAAGAAUCCGUCGUGGGGAAGUUUAGAAAUCUUGCAAGGGCUUACAAGGACGAGCUGGGUAAUUAACUUGGGUUAUUCUCUGCUAAUUGAUCAAGGCCACUUGCUCCUCUAUACUAAUAUGUUGUCGGUGGAUUUAAGGUGGAACUUCAACUUUUUUUAAGAUUCAGAAUUCGUUUCCUGCUCGUCAAACCUAAUUAUUUGUCGGUCGCCGGGUUUGGCAUGAAUUUUCCGGACACUGGUUACUGUAGGAAUUUUAUGAUCUUUUGUAUAUACUGGCCGGAUUCGGAUUCUUUCUUUGUGGAUUAUGGUGUUAAUUAAUCUUAUCUGUUAAUUAAAUUAUGAUUAAGAGAAUCAUAUGAAUAUUAAAUUUCCCUUUGAUUCUA